AUGGCCGUGCAAGUGAAACCUACCUCCAACAACAAGCUGUCAGCUCUCUGGCAGGCCGCCUGCGCAGAUUAUGCGAAGCAGACUGGAAAGCUGCUAGCUGAUGGCGAGCUCCCCGAACUGCGGGGGCCAGAGGACCUCUCGCGGCAGCUGGACGCAGAGAAGGACAAUUUUGACGAUUUUCGCAUGAAACAACGCCCGCUAUUACACGCAAUACAGACAGUGAUAUAUCCGUUCAAAACCUGGGGCAGUCUCAUCGCGGCCACCUCAUUCCCUCCAGCCUCGGCAAUCAUGAGCACGAUGAUGUAUGUAAUCCGUGGAGUGAGGAAAGUUAGUGAAGCAUUCAACAUGAUUUCAGACUUGUUCCGGAAGCUUGGCCACUUUGCCUUGCGGCUAGAUUUGUACAAGGGUGUCCAACUAAGCAAGGGGAUGAAGAUGAUCAUUGUUAAAGUCUUAGCAAAUAUCUUGAGGGUUUGUGCAGCGAGCCAGAAGCUUGCACUGCAAAUACUGGCAUGGCAGGUUGUGACUCAGCAAGUAGGCUUUGCUGAAUAUGCAGAGGAGUUUUGUCUAAAAGAGGAUCCUGAUAAUACUUAUACUGUGUGGCGAAAGCUUUUGCUGGACUAUCUCACCAAGGUUCUAUUGCAGGGGACAUGUUUUAUUAUUGAUGGUCUGGACGAGGCUGACCCCAAGGAGUAG